AUGUUGUCCAGGCUCGUCCACUGGCGACGCCCUACCAACCACAAAUGCGUUCUUCUCGGCGCAGGCUGGACUGGCAAAACGACACUGCUAUACAAGCUCAAAACAGGCGCAGUCCUAACCACUAUCCCAACUAUUGGGUUCAAUUGCGAAACCAUUGAGCUGGGGAAGAAAGUGAUCAAUUUCUGGGAUUUCGGGGGGUGUGACAAGAUUGCUCCUCUCGCCCGCCAUCUCCUGGACUCGGAGUCAGGUGUACUAUUUCUGGUAGAUGUCGCGGCGGAUGACGAAUGGAGCCGUGAUUUUUCUUUCGAGCUGCUGGAGUUGCACGCAAAGCAGCUUCUUGAUGCCGGUGGACAGUUUUUCUGGGUUGUGUUGGCGAAGCAGGACCUCUUACCGCCCGAAACUCGAGAUGAGACCGUCAGGAAAAUAAAAGAGGAGUAUGAGUCUAGACUCAGGGCUUUGCCACGGUUUUUGAAAUGGAAGGUCUUCAGUCAACCAGGGCUUAGUCUAUUUGAGGAUGAUCACGUCUGGCAAAUCUUCGAAGAGAUUCACACAACUUUGGAACAGCAGCAAGAAAAACGUCCGGGGAAAUCACUUACCGCUUCAACGACUGAAAUGCCGACCGAUGAAGAACUCAGAGCCAGGAUUGGGAGUGAAGGGCUAACCGACAUUUCCGCAGGCGAGUUCUGGAAGCUGCUUAGUACCGCACAACUACCGGCAUGGGAUCACCGAAGUCAUUUAAAAGCUGGGUAUCUAAUCUACUUAGACAUUCUCUCGAAGAUGGGAUCAAUUUGGGAUGCCGUUGAAAUAUUUCUUCAGCAACUGGAGCAAUUGAGAAACAGCAAUCCGCAAAGGUUCACGAAUACUCAACACCGGACUAUGACCAUUUUCUGGCUUCAUCAUAUUCGUCUCGCUAUUGUCAGGUAUCGCGAUGAGGUGAACCAUGGGACCUUGCCGAGCGCAGAAGUCUUCCAGCAGGUCCUACUGUAUACGCCAUCUCUGAUGAAUGGCCGUAUAUGGCAAUCCCACUACACGAAAUCUCUCCUUUUCAGCCCAGAAGCGAAGGAAAAUUGGUGCCUCCCUGAUCUCGCCCCAUUGCCAGACUAUAUCCCCAAAGCCCCAAGUGCCCGCCCUCAAGCUUCCAAACCCGCCUCCGGUGAAGUCCAGGAUGCGACAAACAAUCACCGCCUCGCCCAUUUUGGUUUCCUUGUUGUCCGAGAGUACAUGACGACCAACCAACGUCGCGGCCUAAUCAUCCAAGAGACCUUGCGAGCUCUGCAUUCGAUGACCCUCCAGCUACGAGUUACCGAUUCAUCUGUGCCACCCUACUCCGAGACUCAGGCAUUAUUCUGGAUUCAGAUCACCCACGCUGCCGUCGCAGGACUACCAACCUUCCAGACAUCUUCCUACUCUUCCACACUUCCCACAAUCAAUGUGGAGAAGAAGCCUUCUUUAGCCAAGAUGACCUUCGAGACAUUUUCGUCGCUGUUCCCAAACUUAAAGGACGAGAACUUGUGGAAAAAAUACUACACAGCGGAAGUAUGGCACUCAGUGCCUGCGCGAAUGGAGUUCAAGAAUCCCGACAUUCGACCGCUGCCAAACCUGAUUGGGAUUUCGCAAAGUGGGAGUAUACCGCGAGCU